AAUAAUUGUUAAUAUAUUUUAGAGUAUUCCAUAGCAAUGUAUAAUGCGUACAAAAAUUUAGAGGUGUCCAAAAAUAAACUGAUAGUUUGAAAACUAAAAAUGAAAAGUCCUUGAGAACUAGUCUCGUGGGGAGUGCGCCUACGUCACAGACGGGAUUUUUGUAGGUAUGUAUAUCACUAGCAAUGGCCCGAUUGGCCAACAAAGCCUUGUCGGCGGCCAUUUUGUUCGAUGCUGAGUCACCAAAAGGUGAAAAAUGUACAUGAAUUAAUGCGCACUCCCCACGAGACUAUACAACGGUAUUGGGCAUUUCCCUCGUGAACACAAAAUUUGGGUUUCAUGUUCCCUCAACCGCAGCGUGGAAACGAAAAUAUUUUUUUCCGCGGAUAUCAAAGUUAUUUUGGCAUAAUUAUGACUUUUAUUGAAUUUUUAUAUGCCGGGUAAAUUGUUAAUUUAAAAGUUGGAAACGUCAAGACGGAAGUUUACAUCGCAGUCCUAGUUGCCGAGAACCUCGGGCAGACGCGUAAUCGAAUUGGUGACUUAAAUGUGAUUAUAAAUAACACUGAUAACAAUUAAAUAACCUGUAGUGUGUGCUGUGAAUCGCUAAUCUGUCAAAUAGUGAGGUGAUAAUUUGAUGUUGUGUACAUCAGUUCCAAUGUUUACGAUGUGUGAUUGAAGGUGCACAGUGACACGAUGUAGGCGGGAGUCAAAGUGACGUGAUACUGUAAAACUGUAGUGCUAAACAUUACAUUAAGUGCAAUUUUCUGCACCAUAAUGACAGAACCCAAUAAUGUUAAGAUAAAAACGGAGCGACCUGAUGAAGCUGAAAUCAGGGAACUUGCUGCAAAAAUGGUAGAAGCUAACAAAGCGAAAGCACUGGCUGCUUCAGUAGCCGCCGCGCGGCCUCAACCCGGAGCCCUCUUGGGAGCUCCGACUACGGCUGUCGGUGGGCAAAUGGGCAUACUCAACUUUCUCACCAGAAAACCAGGCACCCAACAAACAACGACAGAACAAAGACCGACGUCAGAUGACAAGAAAACCCCAGCACCUGAUGAAGCUAGCUGGAAAGGUCACUUUGGUUGGGAUAUGCUUGGUAAAUGUCACAUUCCGUACAUCUAUCGAUCAGGGGAGAAAUACGUGGCGGUACGAAUGGUGGAGAUCAAACUCCUCAACAAGUACCUGAACUAUCUCCACGCUGAUAUCUACUCCUGUACGUGUAUAAGAAGUUACUACAUCACUGAGAUCGAGGCCCGGCUACUCAACGAGAUCAACAACAGGCAUUGUGAUGGACAGUUCGGCCGGGAACCCUUCACGCAAAAGGACUUGGUAGUGAGGUUAUCAGACGCUUAUGAGUUCUAUAAUUUCUUAGAUGUGUGUUACAAUAAACUGUUACGUGGUACAACAAAUAACAAGGACAAGUGUGGCUUUAUUAGGAUAAACAAGGAAUCUGUGGUGCCGUACACAGUGCGGGAUGGACAGAAGUUUGUACCAUUAUUUUACUUUGAAGGUGAAACAGACAAUUUAAAAUUGAAGGCCGAUCAGUUAAAAGGUUGGGAUUUGUCCUAUUUGAAGUUCUGUUGUAAGGUACAGGGGAUACGGAAUGAACUAUUUGCAAGUGAGACAUGUUCAGUGAUUAGUUUAACGGACAUUAAAAGUUACUUUCCCCCGGGCACCGAGUUUGAAGAAUACUGGCCUAACAAAGUUGUUGAUUCUCAGCUGCUCAUCUCUGCAAAGGGUUCAGUAUCAGGCGGUGGUCAGUGGACGAGAGCCCCCCCAGCCCCGCCUCCGGGCGCUGUGAGCGGAGUGGUAGGUAGCGGCGUGUCCCUCGGUGUGAGCAACGUGAGCGCGUCUCGGGGCAGGCGGCCUACGCAGCGACACUCGGCCGCUUCGUCGGCCAUGCAGAUGCCGCACGCUGGCAUAUCCGCCGCCGCCGUGCAGGCCCUCGCGAACGGCUGGAACCUGCCCGGCGCUCUGACGCAAGCUCAGACGCAACAAGUCAUCAGGCUCGCACAGGCUCAAGUGGCGCAAGCGCAGGCUGCGGCGCGCUACAACAGCGCGGCGAUCGCGGCCGCCGCCGUGGCCAUGCCGCAGCACCGCUCGCAGCACAACCGCAACGUGCAGUUUCCGAACAGUGCAAUAACAAUGGCGAUGGGCCAGCAGCCGCCCCCACCUCUGGUGAGGAGUACGGCCAACACCACCACCAUGAAUGUUCCACCACAAGUAACUGGGACAAUGAAUGGCCACUCAACCUCUCACUCCAUCGACACUCGCAAAAGGCUUACGCCGAUACCAGACAUCAGUAUAAGUGGCAACCAUACGCCGUAUAAGGUACAAAAAGCAGUCGUAGAAAACACGAUGGUCCCCUGCAUCAACGCCAAGCCGUACCAGUACUCCGAGCUGCUGAUGACGCUGCCCGACCUCGCCAGCCACUUCUUCCCGCGCGUGUCGCUCACCACGUGCCGCGCCAUGCUCGACGCGCUCGGCCUCACUCUCUUCAGGCCUAACACAACUCAACUUCAAGUACUACGCAACUCGGGCAAGUGUAAAUCCGCAGCGGCGGGCGAGAAUGGCAUGGCAUUGGUUCAAAUUCGUGAUGUGAUGCAGCACAUGUUGCAGUUCAAGUACAUGAUGAGGUCGGGCCUGGCCGACGAGCCGCCGCACCAGCCGCCGCGCCCCGCGCACGCGCCGCCCUCCUCGCACGCCAAGCGCGCCCGCGCCAACUGAACGCUCGAACGAAAAGUCGACGUUCACUUUAGAUGAGAAAGCUUAGAACUAAAAUAGUCGAAUGCAUCACAUUAUACAGAGCAACACUGAUUUUGCAAAAAUAACAGUGGAUAAGUUUUUUCGAAUAAUUUUUCGCAAGUGAAAUUUGUGCAUAACCACUGAAGGCCUUGAAAUUUCUCACUACUUACAGAACGGUUUAUAUGCUGAGAUAUUGUGACUCAUAUUAAGCAUAUUAUAUUCGAUGUAAAAACUGUGUGGGAAAUGCCUCCGAAUAACGUUAGUGAUUCAACCAGAACUCGAAGAAUAAAAGAAAGAAACAUUCGUGUUAAUGGCUAAUAAAACUGCCGUUGUGUAAUAUAAAGGUGAAAACGCGCAAAAUAACGGUACGAUAUGGCUUACCAGUGUACGGUGUUGAUGGGGCUUCCAUCGGUGUUGAGACAUUAUAACUGCUGUGUAUUAUAUGACAAAAGUAAGGAGUCAAGUUUGAAAUUGCUUAUAUCACAAACAUUUACUAUAAAACAGUAAAAUAUAUAUAAAUAAUAUUACUUAGAUACUAAUCUAGGUCAGGUCAAUUUCUAUGUUGUACAAAAUGUAUGAUACAAUGUUACUCCCAAGAUCUAAUUAAAUAAUGAUCUAUAAUAACUAUUUAAUAGAAGACUGAGAAUUUUAUUUUAUAAUUAUUUCAUAGAUCGAAAGCUAUUGAUGUUGUAAAAGUAUAGAGUUUUAGUUGGUUUUAUGUUACGAGCAAGUUAAUGUUUUAUGUACCAUAUAUUGUGUAAAUAUUUACUAUGUUUUGAAGCACUUUAGCGUUACUUGUAGUAAAUAAUGAAGAUUUGUCAUAUUUAGUGUUCCAACACUAAAUAGACAUGUUUAUACAAUUGUAUGGUUAUUGAAUUUAAUUAUAGUAAUUACGCUUUAAAUUAUCAUCACAAUUGAAAAUAAAUUCACAAAAAAAUGUCACAUGUUCAAUGAGAUUGAAAGUAGAGACAGUGAUUGGUACUAAAUGUCUAUGUUUAACCUGAGAAUAAAAACCCUGUCUUAUUUUAAAAUUUUAUUGUUAUAUGAAUUAUCAUAAUAUUUACAUUAAUAAGUAUUUUAUUUUCGUGGCCGUAAUUAAUUGUCGCGUUGUUAACCACUAACGAUGCACAUGCAAUGCUUUUAAAAAUCUUAGUUAAUAUUUUUGUAUUGGAUCAGGAAUAAAAGAGCAAACAAUUUUUCUGUAUAUUACUAAUAUGAAUGAAACGCAAUGAAAAGUGCAUUUUAAUAUAUUACAUUAUAAUAAUGUAAUGAUUGUUUGCUGUUAGGGUUACUAAUGUCUUAAAAUUCCUGAUCGCACCAGUGACAAAGUAUUUAAUAGUUAUAUUAAUGUAAGCUCACAUUUUUAGGUAAAUUUAGAACAGGUUCCUAUAGUUAACAAAUAUUGGCUAUGUCAGGACUUCAUUAUAAUACCAAACAUUUAAAUGAUGGUUGUAUAAACCCACUUUUUAAAAUGAUGUGUGUAAAUGUAAAAGAAAACAUUUUUUAAGUGAAUUUGAGAUUUUAAUGUUGAAAUUUGAAAUUGGAAUUAAAUGAACUAUAUCUAGGAAAAGAUAAAAAAUAAUGCCAACAUUGACCAAUUACUGAAUAUUAUAAAAUGAAAAUUACAGAUAUAAUGAAGCUUUGACUUGUCGGUAAGUUCAGGCAAUGUCUGAAAUAGGUUCGGUAACUUCACAAUUUUUAUUUAUUUUGGUGUAAGUUAGUCUAGACUUAUAAGAUUGCUUCAUGUUAUGGAGCCUUCAAACUUGAUAUAAAUUACCUUAUGCUAAUGCAGAGCUGUGUAAAUUGCUAAAUUAUUUAUGGUGUAGAUUUAAGUAACAGUAUUUGAUAUGUUAUCACAUUUAAAACGCAAUAGCUCUCCAGAUUGCAUUGUCGUUUGUAGAGUCUUUGACUCUGUAUUACAAAAUAAAAGGAUUCUUUAUUAAAUAA